AUGACGACCUCAUUGAAGAAGCGCCGGAAGAAGCACGGCCACGUGAGUGCCGAUCACGGCCGUAUCGGAAAACACCGAAAGCAUCCCGAAGGUCGGGGUAACGCUGGAGGAAUGCGUCACCACUGUAUUCUCUUCGACAAGUACCAUCCCGGCUACUUUGCGAAGGCCCAGGUUGAGAAAAGCAAGGAAUCAGCUCCCGUGAUUGAUGUGACUGAGUUUGGGUACUUUAAGGUUUUGGGUAAGGGUGUUCUUCCCCCGAGUCAGCUAGUUGUGGUGAAAGCCAAGCUCGUGUCGAAGAUUGCUGAGGGCAAGAACAUGGAACAAAAACUCUAG